ACAAACAAUUUUAGCGGUGAGCUUUCAUUUCUUUCAAAUCUUCAAAGUCUCACUUCAUUGGACCUCAGUGACAAUUAUUUUAAUGGUCUCUUGCCAAAUUCCAUAGGCCAUUUGAAGUCUCUUGAUUUUUUGGGUCUUGGGAAUAACCAAUUUCAUGGGCCUAUUCCUACAAGUUUUGGGAACCUCACUCAAUUAACUGAUUUGAACCUUCCAGAAAACAAUUUUAGUGGUGAGCUUUCAUUUCUUUCAAAUCUUCAAAGUCUCACUUCAUUGGACCUCAGUAAAAAUUAUUUUAGUGGCUUGUUGCUAGAUGUGUUUGGAAAUCUUUCAAAUUUGAAAUUUCUUGAUUUCUCUGGCAACAAGCUACAAGGUAAUUUUCCCGUGUCAAUUUUCACCCUCAUAAAUCUUUCUUAUUUGAGUCUAUCAUCAAAUAACUUGAGUGGCUCUAUUAAUUUUUACCAAUUUUCCAAGCUUCAAAAUCUAGAACAUCUUUAUCUUUCAAGUAACAAGUUUCUCUCACUUGCCUCUGAUAAUAAUCUUAACUACACCAUUCCCAAUCUUGAGGCCUUAUAUUUAGAUUCUUGUCAUAUCACUAUCUUUUCGAAAUUCGUUGGCCUUCCAAAUUUGCAGGAGUUAUAUCUUGAUGAUAAUAAGUUGCAAGGUCUUCCUGAGUCAAUUUUUGGUUUCCUAAAUCUUUCCCAUCUAAGUCUGUCAUCAAAUAAUUUGAGAGGCCCUAUUAGUCUUCAUCAAUUCUCAAAGCUUCAAAAUCUAGAAUAUCUUGAUCUUUCAAACAACAAGUUUCUCUCACUUAGCUCUCAUAAUGAUGUCCACUAUACCAUUCCCAAUCUUACAAUGUUAGAUCUAUCCUCUUGCAGCAUCAAUGACUUUCCUAAACAAUUAGAAAGCCUUCAAAAUUUGAAGUGGUUAAAUCUUUCCAAUAACAAAAUUCGUGGAGAUAUUCCCCAAUGGUUUAAUAAUGUGGGGAAUGGUUCUUUGGAAUUUUUGGAUCUCUCUCAUAAUAACUUGACAUCAGUUGAACAUCUUUCAAUGAGAAACUUGAUGUCUCUUGAUCUCAGCUUCAACUUGUUGCUAGGAAAUCUUCCAAUUCCAUCAUUUGAUGUUGCAUUCUUUUCAGUGUCCAACAACAAAUUAAGUGGACACAUUUCUUCCUCAUUUUGCAAUGCAAGCUCACUUGAGAUACUCAACUUAUCCCACAACAACUUGUCAGGCCACAUCCCAAAGUGCCUUGUUGCUCUCCCAGAUCUUGAGAGUUUAGAUCUGCAGUUGAAUAAUUUUGUCGGAUCUAUACCAGACAAUUUUUCUAGGGGCAUUUAUUUGGAAUCUUUGCAUUUGAACAACAAUCAAUUUGAGGGAUGGUUGCCUUUAUCUUUAACCCAUUGCAAGCAGUUACAAAUUUUAGAUGUGGGAGCAAACAAGAUCAAUGACAAAUUUCCUAAUUGGCUUGAAGGCUUACCAGAGCUACAGGUACUCAUUUUAAGAGAUAAUAAGUUCUAUGGUGCCAUUCAUAGUUCCAACACCAAACAUCCUUUCCCCAUGUUAAGAAUUUUCGAUGUUUCCAACAAUCGCUUUAGCGGAUCUUUGCCAACAACAUACAUCAAGGAAUUUAAAGGAAUGAUGAAUGUUGACUUUGUUUCAGCCACACUAGAUUACUUGGAAAUCCGUAAGACAUUUUAUUAUUAUCAAGAAUCAGUGAUGAUCACAUUGAAAGGUGUUGAUUUGGAGUUGGUAAAGAUCAUAACUACAUUCACAUCCAUUGAUAUGUCAAAAAACAUGUUUGAUGGAGAGAUUCCACAUGUUAUUGGUGAGCUACAUUCACUUAAGGGGCUUAAUCUCUCCCACAAUAAAAUCACUGGUCCGAUUCCUCAAUCCAUUGCAAACUUGACAAACCUAGAAUCGUUGGAUUUAUCAUCAAACUUGCUUAAAGGUGAGAUUCCUCUUGCACUAGCAAAUCUCAACUUUCUUGAAGUUUUGAAUCUUUCACAAAAUCAGCUUGUCGGAGAAAUACCAAGAGGUAAGCAAUUUGAUACAUUUUCACAAUAUUCUUUUGAGGGAAAUUUAGGACUGUGUGGAUUUCAAUUGUCAAAAGCAUGUAAUCAUGAUGAAGGGAAAUUGCCACAACCAACUUCAUCAAGUAAUGACAAAUUUGGAUUUGGUUGGAAACCAGUGGCUUUGGGAUAUGGAUGUGGGAUGGUGUUUGGAAUAUUCAUGGGUCAAAUUGUUUUCUUAACUGGAAAACCUAAAGGGCUUGUCAGAAUUUUUCAAGCUAGGCCUAAGAAACAAGCAAAAAAGACAAGGAAAAGAGCCCAUCGGAAUCCAAGAAGAGUGAAUUAGGCACAAAAUGUGGCUUCAUGUGAUAUAUUGUGUCAUCCUUUUUUUUUCCAUGUUUCCACUAUGGUUAUUAUUUCAUGUUUCUUAAAUAUCUUGUCAGUGAUUGGAAUGUAAUGUACUGUAUAUUUUAAUGAUUGUCUUUCCCUUUUUUUUUUUUAAUGAAUUUCAAGUGAUUUGCGUUCAUUUGUAUGCUAUGUACUAUUUGAUCAUCAUGUGAAUAAAAUUUUCCACGUAUUAGCAACUUU